AUGAAAACAAGAGGGUCUGUAUAUAGAUCAGAUUUCAAGAAAACGUACGUCCCAGAAAAGUCUGUAGAUCGCGGAAAUUCACGUACAGGCGAACAAAAACAAAAAUCAGAUAAAGUAAAGAAAGUUGUCAGUCGUACGAAGCGUCAACGGAUAUCGGAGACUUACAAAUCGUCACAUUUAGUAGGUCGUAGAAGAGCUUCUAACUUCGUCACUUAUACACAAAAUGGUCGACUUUUUUAUGACAUUUAUGUGAGGGAAUCCCCUUAUCGUACCAACAAACUAGUAUCGUCAAUUCAGAAAGAGUCGGCUGAUGACGGUUCUUAUGCAAGUUUGACUCAUCCGACCAACUCAAAGCUACGUAGAAAGAAUGUUGGCACUAAAAGUGGCGAUAGUACUGAGCAAGAUUCCAGCCAGAAAGCCUUUGUAGUUAGAGGCUUGACCAAGACUAGCAAAAAAAUUGUCCGACCGAUUGGCUCUGUUCAUAAAUCUGCUAAGAGCCUAAAUAAGGACCGUAAAUGUCGGAACAAAAGUUCAAAUAUUGACAAAUCUUUAAAACGUGAACUUGGGCCUGAUUAUAUAUCUCCUGUCGAAGUCCAUGGUAAGCGGUUGGCUAGUUUAAAUGCAACUGCUAUCAUAGGUGCUUUUAAUUCUAAAUCUCCCAGGAAAGCAUAUAUUAAGAAAAAAAAGUCAGAAGUCUUGUCUGAGUCAGGAUUAACAUCAGCGUGGGCUCAUUCGGACGACAUAGAUGAUGCUAUUACGGAGCCUAUGUGUUCAGUUGUUGAUGAUGAUAUAGUUCACUGUCUAGAGACUCCUGAUGCCGUGACUCCUCAACAAAACAAACCACUUACAACACAAAAGUCUCCAGUUUGUACUCCCGUAAAGGAAAUAGAACCUUCAUCGUUUAAGAACAUUUGUCAAAUUAACCCUGCAAUCGAGAGUUUUCACUCACAGCGAAUUAUACCACUGGGGCAUGACACGUUUGGUGUUCAGCAAAUCACGCAUCAGGUUGUAGUCGUACCACACUCAAACGAAACUUCCCCGAUUAUGUGUCAUUCUAAACUACCGGAUUUCGGCACACCUAUUGUUCAUCCGUCAUCAGGAAGUACAGUUCCUUUUCCUAUGUUAUCUUGUCUUAAACCAAGUGAUUGUAACUUCACUGAUACUUCGUUACAACGGCAACAUAAUCAAGUUAUGUACAAUCAGUUUUAUCCCACCCUCCCGCCUCAGUACGUUCAUUCUUGGAACUCUACGUUACCGUGUAUUACAAAUUCAAACAUCACUCCAUCCUUCGUGGCUUGUUCACCUCCAAAUGUCAUUCUACCCCAUCUCGCCUCACCUCUUGUUGUUCCCAAUCCUGGUGUUACGUCCCAACUCGCAUAUCCACUUGUCUUACAACCAUUUUCUAAUAUUCCUGUAUCUUGCAUAGGUCCUAGUUUGCCUUAUGGACUUAUGUCACCUGUUUUUUUACCAACAUGGACUCAACCUAGUUUGCUGCCUUGUCAGUCAUUUAAUACUCCGGUUAACAGCAGUGCUGAACUCUUAUGUCCUAUGAUGAUCUCGCCCACUCAAAUGGUUCCAAACACUCAACCACAAUUUAUUCAAGUACCAAGUAAUCAAUGCAUAAGCUUGUUACCUCAAACAGGUUUAGGACAGUUGACGUUGAAUCAAUCUACAGUCAUACCAAAGGCAUGUUCUAGUUCAAAUCAGCCUACGUCUAGUCACCACAGCAAACCAAAUGUAGAGAACCACCUAUCUACGUGUUAUUCCAUUAGCGAGGUGAAUGAGCCUAUAUUAUGCCAAACACCACAUACGAAUAUCCCGGAUGAAACUACUGAGGUAGUUCUAUCUUCGAAUGCACCUGUACUUUGUAAGAAAACCGAAAAGUCUCCACUGAGUGAAAGCAAUUCCUUUGGGAUGAAGUCCUUGGCAGAAAACCGUGGAAAAAAACCAAGCCCGACCAUUGUGUGUCUGGAUAAUCAAAAAGAUGCAUGGGUGUGGGAAGGAAGUUCCUUUGAUAAACAUAUUUUCCUUCAGUCUGAUGCACCUCCAGUGCUCUGCCAGUGUUAUCCUGCAAUCCGGCACCGACGAGAUGGUAUGGUGAUUCGUGUGAAAGAUAGUGUCUUAUUGUGUAGUGGUCCAAGUCGAAGUCAUCCACCACAUAUUGCUAAAAUUAUUGCAUUGUACCAUGAUAAAAAUACAGACACAAAAAUGAUGUCUCUACUAUGGUACUAUCGACCUGAACACAUAUCUGGCGCAUCACAAAAUUUUGUUAAAAAUGAACUUUAUGCCAGUAGACAUCGUGAUACUAAUCCACUUGACUGUAUAGAAGACAAGGCUUAUGUACUCUCUGUUAGCGCAUAUAGUCGUUAUAUGGCGAAGCUGAAACGUCAACAGACGGGCUAUCGCAGGAUGCCACUUAGCUCCAUCGUACCGCAAUCCAUACACUGUGGAUUACAUAGUAUUAAAAAUUCAAAUGAUGACUUUUUCAUGGACAAACAGUUUCUGUCUGAGUGUGAUGAAUGUUUUAACAGUGUCAGUAGUCAAAGUGUUUUCUUCUGCCGUGGUUUGUACGAUUACAAACUAAAACGUGUUACUAAAUAUCCUGUAUUUGGAAAUCAGUGUAUUCUGUCUUCUCAGCUUGCUAAUCGCCCCAAAUCUUACGGACAGAAUUUCACAACACCAGCAACAUUAACAAUAAAAAGUGUUACUGAACAAAAUAACUUGAACCUUUCAAAUGAUCAGUGUUGCGAUACAUCCACAUCUCAUAAGGAAGAUGUUCCUAAAAUUGUUAAUGCAUUUGAACCUAUAAAUUCGUUGGAGGAAAGUGUACCCUCUAAAGUAUGUUCGAUUUCAAUAACUUCUUUCGGAGAAAAUGUAAACACUACAAUAUCACCCUUUCAACUUGCCGAAAAUGAUUGUCAUUUUGUUAAUAAUUCUUGUAUGAAUGGAGAAUGUGAGCCUUUAUCUUAUGACAGUCACGAAGGUCGAACAUCAACUCCUGUAAAAAGUUGUAGCCAAUAUAAAGCUCCUAUUGAAGAAAAUAUAACAACUGUUGGUGAUUCGCAACAAACGUUGAUGACCAAAGACAUCUCGAAUUCUCCACCUAAGACGUAUCCUUCAGCCGAUUCCUGCGUUCAAAUCCCUAAACCAGAUCUAUUAGUUUCGGAAGCUAGUGUAAAUUCACCAAAUAUAGAGUCCCAAUUUACUUCGAGUUCAUCAUCGGAAAGAAAACUGUGUGAGGUGAAUAAAAAUUCUCUUGUACAGUCACUUGAAACAAAUUGUUUACCAGCAGUAAUUGAACAAAUUCCAUGUGAAAACAAACCAGAAAAUCAUUUUGUAUGUCAGUCUGACUUCUCGCCUAUCCAUCCUGUAUGGCCAGUAAUUACUACAUCUGUAGUCAGCUGUGAUAGAUCUGUCCUUGAAAGAAGUGCUGAUAUAUCGGUUAAUUGGGGUGAGCAUGGUGAGCAGAUUGCUUUAUCUCUUGAUUGUAGAACUAAAGAGAGUAGUCUUAAUGGCAAUGGUCAGACAACGUCACAUAUGGCUAUACCUUCAGAAUCUCUAGGUCCAACACAAUCAUUCAUUGAUAUGACAAAAUUACCUGUACAUCCUAAUCCAAUUCAUUAUUCUAAUAUUAAUUCUAAAUGUCUUGAUCAAGAUCAACUACGUCUAGUAAUACUUUAA